AAAGUAAUGAAUCAUAAAGUUAGUUGAUUAAUCAUAAUUUCACUUAUCACUUUUCAUUGUUGUCUAUAAAUGUGUGAAUGAAAUUGGCACUACUAAUAUGAUUUUAUUAUAAAAUAUUGAUAAAAGAUAAGAAGUAAUUAUAAAUGAUACAGUUACUAUUAUAUUUGAUAAUAUAGUAAAAUAAACAAGUAUGUUAAUUAAUAAAGACUAAUUAUUAUGGUCACUAAUAAUUAAUAAAAGAAAAUCUCAUGAAUAAAAUGUCUUCACAAAAUAUUGAAGCAACUAAUUCAAGUCAUAAAUAUUCAGAUCGAUUGAAUCAACGCACUGAUACUGAUUCAGUACACUCAAGAUUUCGAUCAACAAAAAUAUAUUGUGAUAUUUGCAAUAUGAGUAUGGUUAUUGAAAAUCAUUCUUUUAUAGAAAAACAUUUUAAUGAUUCUCAUCCUUCUAAACAAUUUUGUUGUUAUUGUAAAGGCAAAGUAUUUACUUAUACACAAAUGCCUAAUGAUUGUACUCAGAAACCAAAAUCUAUAUUAUACCAUAAAUGUAAUAAAUCUUAAGUACAAAUAAUAAUUAUAAAUAUUUAGGAAAAGAAUACAAAAGAAUUUUUUUUAUAGAUAUUUAUAUAUUUAAAUAAAAUAUAUUUCUUAUAAAAUUGUUCUACAUUAAAUUGUGCAAUACAAAACUGAAUAAAUAGUAUAAAUAUGUGAAUACGAAAAAAUUUUCAAAAUUACACAAAGAAUCAAUAAUAACAAGUAUAUAAAAAUAUA